ACAAUAUCAACUUAUUUUUAGUUGCAAUGGAAUUCCCGAAAUUAUUUACCGUAAUCUCGAUAUACACUAGCAUUGCAAGUUCAAAUGAAAUAAAUACAGUUGCUUAUAUAAAUUAAAAGAUGAGACCUGCUAAACAAGUGAAAGCAGUAAGAGCACAGUUAGAAGUUUUAGAAGACUUGAAAGUCCAGAUUGAUGGUCUCCUUGGUAACAUAUCACAUGUCAUCCAAGUAGGAGAAUCAUGGAUAGGAGAAUCAGACAACAAAACAUUCACUGACAUUUAUCAGUUUCUGGCCUUUCAAACAGCGGAAUGCAUUAGCAAAUGUUCGUCUAUUGCAAAUGAAAGCAAAGACGCCUGCCAAUCAGCUGACACGACCGAACCAAGUGUGAAAGAAAAUACCCCAGUUACAGUUUCAGCUUUUGCUUUGCAAGGCGAUAGAGAACUAAGUAAACUGAUGCUUAGGUUCGAGAGCAUAGAGAACUCUGUUACAUCAAAUUCGAACAAAAUUAAAACUUUGAAUCAAAGGAUCGAAGAACAAGAAAGAUAUCUAAACGAAAGUACUUUAAAGGCACUAGAGGAAAUGGACAAGACAAACGCCAAGAAAUAUGAACAAAUAAUUGAAGAACUUCAUGCUGCUAGCAGUUUUAUGUCUAAUCUACAAAAAGAAACUGAAUCAUUAUCUCAAAAAAUGAAUGAAAGGGUGAUAACUGCUUGUCAGCAAGAACAAAGAGAAAGUAAUAGGGUUGCUGAAGUUAAUGAAAUGAAAUUAGAAAUCUCAAAAACCACUGAAAGUUUAAGUAAUUUAACAUCUCUUUACGAUGCAUUAUCCUGUCAAGUGAAGGGUACCAAUGGUAAAAUAUCCGAGUUGAAUAUCUCUGUAGAGAAGAUUACAUUAAAUAACCAAGGAAAAACUGCUCAGAUUAUGGAAGAAAAUCGUAAGGAUCGGGAAGAGAAAACUAGAAACCAGACAGAUGAUACUGAGGAUACAUUGCAAUCUACGAAUGACUUAUUUUUAGAAAAAGGUGCAUGUAAAUCAACGACAGCGUCUGAUAGUUCAGUGUUGGCCACAACUUUGAAGAGGUCCAUGGAUGAGCAAAAAUUAAAAUAUAAACAUUAUGACAAAAAGAUUAAUAAACUCUCAGAAAAGAUCACUCAAAUGAAUGAGUGUGUCAGCUUUCAUGUAGAAGUUGAAAGUGACCGUACCCUGAAUUUAAGAGCUGCAAGGAAUUUUACCUGCUUUAACGAAGAUAUUACCAAUGAAGGAAAACAUUUCGAUGUAGAGACUGGAACGUUUUCUGUGCCCUGCAGUGGCUUGUACUUGUUUAGCUUGAUGUUGGAUAUCGAUAACGAUGAAGAGAUGGAAUUCAAUAUUUAUGUGAAAUCUAAGAAUGAUGAAGAACACAAUUGCCACUAUACUUACGUUAUAGAAGAUGAUCACAACAUUACUUCUGUAGUUUUCCCUUUAAACUUAAGUAAAGAUGAUGAGGUGUACAUUAGACCAGAAGAAGAUUACUUCCAUGUAAACGUACGCUCUAAGUCAUAUUUCUCAUGUAUACUAAUAAAGUCUUUGAAAAAAAAGGCUUUAACAUUUGAUUUUUGCUAGAACUUUGACAAUUGAUGUGUGUCGCUGAAAAUUACUAGCUCGUAGGCCACAUUAGGAAAACUCUAGUUUCACCGUUAUAAUUUUUCAAAUUAAAAAAAGUAAAUUUAAAUCUAUAAAAACAAGUAGAAAAUAUUUAUCUUGAACGGGCUAUAUGUCUUAGGGUACUUUCGCAUUCAUAAAAGAGUUUAAUAAAUUAAUCAGAAAAAUUCUGCGCAUUGUCUACCAAUUCUAGAUCUAAAGGCCUACUAUUAGAAUGGUAUAUGAUAUAAAGUCUAGAUUGAUCAGGAUUUUGCUUUGAAAAACAAAUUAAUGCUAAGUAAUGUUUUUUUGCCAAUCAUCGCUAAAAUGUAACGAAACAAUUAAAGGUUGUCCCGAAUAUUUAUGAAAAUUCUAGUACUUACAUUCGUUUAACAAUGAGACUAUUACUCUUGAAAAAGGGGGGGGGGUGGAACUGUUAAACAUAUUCCAUUUUUUUUUAAACAUUCAUUAGUUUAAAAAACAAUAAAUAACGUCUCAAUAGGCUGUAUCAAGGAGAUAUUGUCUUUUUAAAUACCUUUAUUCAAUUCAUAACUUGGUGGAAACUUCUGGGUGGGUGGACGCGAUUAUCGAAAACGGCUCCAUCGAUUUUCCUACAAAUUUGACAGUUGUAUAUCGUUGGGAAAAGAAUUACUAGCUAGUUGGCAACAUUGGGAAAACUCUAAUUUGACCGUUACAUUUUUUAAAAUUAAAAAUGAAAUAAAUUUAAAUUUGGCUAAAGAUCGAGAAUAUAUUUAUUUUCAUCGGGCUAAACGUCUUCGGGUAUUUCCGCAUUUAGGUAUUAUAUUACUAAGAGUUAAAAAAAUAAUAAUUCAGAAACAAUGUGUAGUCAUUAUCCAAUGGUCAAUCAUUAGAAUACGAUCACGUAAACAGGAAGGGUGAAGGGGACAAUGGCUCUAUAGGUUGUGAAAAGGAAGUAUCCCCUUUUUUCAAAAUAAUAACCCUUAUAUGAACAUAUAUGAACUAUUAUCAAAAGGGCUAUUUUUUAUUUAUUGAUAUUUGUUUUGUCAGGUAAAAGAAAUAAUGGUGUAAAAUUUCAGCUUGGUCCGAGAAUAGGUGUGUGAGAAAUAAAGUGUACAAACUUUUUAAC